AUUCUUAUCUCUUCUUUGUAAGUAGUAGUAAAGAAGAAGUGAAGAAAAGAUUAUUAUUCGCACAAUUAACCAUAAUAUAUAUGUCAUCUCAAACUAAACAGAGAAUUAGUCUUUCUGUUGACAUAAUCAGCUGAUAUACAAGUAUAUACGUCGAGUGUUUGAAACAUAGUUGAUCUGCAAAAAACUGCUUUUUUGAUCAUAUCGCCUCCAUUCAGGGAAAUCAAUACGAUGUUCAAGUUGCCACCGCAAACGACAACUCCCUUAGAAGCGAUUUCAUUUUCACUUCCUUCGAAGGAAUAUCUUGUCAAGCAAUAUGUAGGCAAGAAACUUCAUGAGGUCCGUACACCGAGAAUGAUCGUUGAUCGUUCCGUGGUGAAGCGAAACUGUGAGCGUCUAGCAGCUAUCUCCGAAAAAAGUGGCAAGAAGAUACGUGUACACAUCAAAACCCAUAAGACCAUCGAAGCCACUGAGAUACAAUUAGACUACGCAAAGACGGAUGCUAUUGUCGUUUCGACUUUGGCUGAGGCUUACUAUGUCGUCGAUUCUCACCUCGUCACUCUGGCAAGCUCAAGGACGUUUUGUUUGGUUUUCCUGUCAGUCCAGAUAGAUUCGACGACGUUUAUCGACUCAGUGGAAAAGUAGAGAAAUUCUGCAUUUUCAUAGAUCACGGUCAGACAUUAGACGCAUUGGAGGCGUAUUGUGAACUGAAGUUCAAGAAUCAACCUCCUGUUAAGCUGAAUGUUUACAUGAAAGUCGAGUGUGGAUACGGACGUGCUGGAGCCGCAAUUAACAAUGAAGAGUCACUCAAGCUGGCUAAACGAUUGGUUUCCUCACCGAUUUUAAACGUGAUUGGACUGUACACCCAUGCCGGUCAUUCAUACGAAUCCCGAAGUGAGCAAUCUUCUGCCGACUAUUUGAAAUUGGAAGUUACAGCUGCGCUUGCUUACAAGAAAUACCUACAAGAUAAUGGUGUUCCGUUCGAGAAUAUUUCCAUUGGAGCCACUCCUACGGUUAUGGCAGCUGGACUUGUCCAUCGAUCUGAACUGGAUGGCAUCACUGAACUUCAUGCCGGAUCAUUUAUUUUCAACGAUCGACAACAACUUGCUACUGAACUACCGAAGGAAUCUGAUCUGGCCGUUACUGUGUUGUGUCGAGUUGCUAGUCGAUAUCCGGAGCGUGGUAGUCUUUUAUUGGACGGUGGUGCUUUGGGUUUCUCUAAAGAUGUGGCGCCUCAAGGUGGUUUCGGUACGGUUGUUGGCAAGCCACAUUGGAAAAUUGUGAAACUCGCUCAAGAGCACAGUGUGAUAGCAGAAGUUUCGGCUGAGGAUUUCGAUCGUGUUAAUGUUGGCGAUGUGUUUCGGGUCAUUCCUAAUCACAGCUGCCUCACUGCUGCUUGUUAUGAAUUCUUUUUGGUUGUUGAAGAGAAUGGAAACGACAUCAUCGAUGUCUGGGUACCUGUGAAGGGCUGGUAGAAUUGACGGUUCUUGUGUAUGAUGAAGAAUUUGCUGUCGAAUAAAUUGCAAUAACAGAAUCGAUGCUCCCGUUUGAUCGGUCUUGGAAGAAGAAAACCAUUUUGUGAAAAACGACGAUCGGAUGUGUAUUCAGUACAGCAAUUCAAAAUUGACUUUUAACGAAAAUUUUGAAUUU